CCCGGAGAGAUACUGGGAGGGCGGACCUGCCUCGAAAGCGACCGCUGGGCGGAGCCACCCCUGUAAAAGCCUGACUGGACGGGCCGGUACAACCACAGGAAUCCUGACUAACCCAGCAGUUGGAGGUGGCGGCGGCAUGGAGAGCGGUCCGCCUGUUUUCGAUAAGCCCAAGGUAGAACUUCAUGUCCACUUGGAUGGAGCCAUUAAACCAGAAACUAUUCUAUACUUUGGCAAGAAAAGAGGAAUACAUCUCCCUGCUGAUACUGUAGACGGCCUUCUAAAACAAAUUAGUUAUGAUGAACCAGAGACUCUCACUCAUUUUCUUCAAAAGUUUGCUUUGUACAUGCCAGCUAUUGCUGGUGACCGAGAAGCUAUACAAAGAAUCGCUUAUGAAUUUGUGGAAAUGAAAGCAAAGGAGGGUGUGAUCUAUGUUGAGGUGAGGUACAGCCCUCAUCUUCUUGCCAAUUGUGGAGUAGAUCCUAUCCCAUGGAACCAAAAAAAGGGAGACCUUACUCCAGAUGAAGUAGUUAGCUUUGUUAAUCAAGGAUUAAAAGAUGGAGAAAAGGAUUUCAACAUCAAAGUCAAGUCUAUUCUAUGCUGCAUGCGCAACAAACCAAGCUGGUCGCCAGAAGUACUGGAACUGUGUAAGAAGUAUUGGAACGAUACAGUGGUUGCUAUAGACUUAGCUGGAGAUGAAUCAGUUAUUGCGGCCUGUUCAGACCACCGAAAAGCCUAUGAAGAAGCUGAAAGAUGUGGUAUUCAUCGGACUGUUCAUGCCGGAGAGGUUGGAACAUCGGAAGUCAUCAAAGAGGCAGUCAACAUUCUUAAGACAGAACGAAUUGGCCAUGGCUACCACAUCUUUGAAGAUGAACAACUUUACAAACAGUUGUUGAAACAAAAUAUACAUUUUGAGCUCUGUCCAUGGUCCAGUCAUCUCACUGGAGCAUGUAAAACCAGCUUUGAAGAACAUCCCGUAAUAAGAUUUAUGAAGGAUGGUGCAAAUUAUUCCUUGAAUUCAGAUGAUCCACUCAUUUUCAGAUCUACGAUUGACACAGACUACAGAAUAGCUCGGGAUCACAUGAAAUUUACAGAAGGGGAAUUCAAGAAAUUGAAUAUAAAUGCAGCAAAGUCCAGCUUUUUGAAAGAGCAAGAUAAAAAGGAGCUUCUGUACAAGCUAUAUGAAGCCUAUGGGAUGGUAAAAAGCAAAGAAUUCUGAACUCUUCUGUACCGAGCAUCAGCUUUUUUCUUGACCAACGUUAUGCUUAUUUUGCUUCUUGGAAGACAAUGUGCAAACUUAGUAUUACUACCUUGUUUACUCUUAAUAACCACAGAACAGGGCAUGUACAAAACAGUAUUCUUAUGAGGGUAGCUACUUUUAAUUUUUUAAAGAUGGAAUAUAAGGUGCUCAGAUAUCUAGAGAUUGGAAAUAGGAAUACAUUUAUUGCAAUUACAUUCAUUUAAGUUCCAUCUCAGGUAAACCAAGUCUGCAGGCCAUUAUUUCAAAACUUUCCAGUAGGUCAAAUGAACUGUUUAUAUGCAACAGCAGACAAAGCCUAUCUCAGACAUUUUUACAAUCAUUUUUAAAAACAUAAUCUGCCUCACUAAUAUAUCUACAAGUGAUGUCUUCUGUGCACUCCUAUAUUAUCAAAAAGGAAGAAAGAUCGUAAGUAUUUUUACCAUUGAAUUUUUUUUUAGAAAAUUAUAUUUAGAAAAACAAACAAGUUACCUUAUCAUUUGAUUAUAGACUGAUUUUAUUUCUGUACUUUAUUUUACUUAUAUUAAAUAGUAGUUCAUGUUUUUCCCCAUUUCAUUCAUUUCAGUGAUAUCAACAAAAUAGAAUAUUUGAUCCAGAGAAAGUUGUAUGAGAGAAAUUCUUGUAAUGCUGAUUCAACAUUUGCUCUUCAAAAACCAGCCUUGCUUAAAAUGUCUUAUGCUGGAGAUAUGCCAUGGGAAAAACAGUAUUUUUAAAAAUAGAAUGUUAUAGAAUUUCUAUUCAUAUAAGGAUUUUAUAGAAAUGCAGAUUUAAAGUUUUAUUCCCACCUAUUUACUGAGCCAUUUGCCUUGUUUCUUAUCUGUACUAUACUGUUUAGUUUAAUUGGGAAUUAUGUGAUUUAACUAAAGCAUACUGACACUUUGUUUUGUUUUGUUUUGAUUGUUGAGAUUAUCAGAAAGGUAACAUUAUCUGAUGGUUACCUUGUUUUAACUGGAAUAACAUCCAAAAAAGUAGACUAAAUAGCUAGUACCAAACUGGCUAUUUUGCUGGAAUUUGUUCCCUAAGGAAAUUGAAAAAACAAAAUGGUUUAAGUGUAAGUGCUUCACUUUGACUGGAAUCUAAGGAAAGCUGUAACCAAAUACGUAGUUUGAACAGGAAAAUACAGUACCAAAUGCAAGUCUAAAUCAUAGCAAUAUAAAGCCAAGAAUUCUCAUUCCCAAAUAAAUAUGAUAGAUGCCUUUAGUAAUUGUAACUUUUUUAUUUUGCAUGUUUAAUUAUUUUUUUAAAAAAUAAGCUAUCUUUGAAGUCCCCAUUUAUCUACUCAGGAACUUAGAUCCAUGUUUUUAUAUUACAGUGUCAAAAUCUUGCACAUUUAAGGUUGAAGCUGGUAUAUUAUAAAAUUUGUCUCUUAGAUUGAUUUACAUUUUUUAUUGUAGAAAACCCAAAAUACAACUUCUAAGGGCUUAGAUCUCGUAAGUCUUAUGUGCAAAUCACACUGUUACUUGUUUCUCUAUUCCUUGUAAGUAGCAACAACAUGAAUGUUGCAAGUGAGUAACCAUUGCAACAUCAAAGCAUAGUAAUUCUUGAUAAUAAAGAGAGAGUGGCAGUAAACACUCAACUGCUAUUUCAGGAGCAGCUGCACAUUUAGCAUAUUUCAGUUCAGAGAGACAAAUCUAGCCACUUAAGAUUAAUUUGCUUAAUUUUUCCUCCUCAAUCAACAAAACAUGACUUUACUUACUUUCUGGGUUUCACAUUUCUAGAUCUGAGGACUUAUGCUUAGGACAUUAUGAAAGUGUGCUGAAUAAGUGAAUAAUAGAGGUUGCUUGGAAAAAUUAAGCCAAGUUUUGAAAAAUAAAAAUAAAAGUAGAAGUCUAACAUUGCUGCCAGAACUUAAAACAUUUAAUUUGUAAUAUUUUUAUAUAACUCAACAAGACUGAUCGGAUGGUUAAAAUAUAAAAUCCAAGUCCUUCUUGUAUUUCUCAUAAUUUGCUCUGUAUCUUUCAUUAGUUAUGUAGUGUUUUUUGUAAUUUGUUAGAACUUGUCUCCAGACACAAACUGACAUUGUUAGUACUUAUUUUGUCUAUAGAAAUGAUUGUGAUUUGAUUUGAUUUAGUAAUUUUUUUAAGUUUGUAAUCAAUGCUGAAGAACUCAUACAUGUUUGUGAUACCAUGUUAUUGGUAACUACUAAUAAUGAAAUUUUAAACAUCAAAAGUUUGUCUCUGAGGAAUAGUUUUUACAUUAGUGUCAUAUGUGUGCGAGGUAUAGACUUACUUAUGCAUACUACUUAUUUCAGAAAGCGGCAAGCCAGUAAAUACUGGUUUAUAUGAAUGUUAAGUAAAAUGUUCUUAAUGUCAGUGGGCAUAUCGUCUAUAUUCAAGAUUAUAUAAAACAAUUGUUUUAAUAUUUUUGUAGUACCAAUAAAACAUUAUACAGCUUAUAAA